UUUUCCAUCGUCUUUAAACAUGCUUUACGAAAAGGUAGAGCCAUUGAAAAGUGUCGGCCAUAAUACAUUUCCUUUUUUUCUUGGAUGCCAUUUUAGUCUCUAUCAUUUAUUUAUUUAUUUUUAUUUUUUAUGUAACAGUCUCUAUCAUUUAUGCUCUGCUGUGAUGAAUUUUAUUGCAUAUCGUAGGCUUUAUUUUUGACAUAUAUUUUUUGACAUCUAACAGUCAAUAUAUUUAUUGGAGUAUAAUACUAUUAUAAAGCAAAACCUUACAAAAUCAUUCCACGUAUAUUUUUUCUUUUUGCCACUUCUUGCAGAUGAGACACACAUGCUUGUGAUCUUAUUUGACACUAAAACAUGCAUUUGUUAGUUUUUAUAAAACCUUCCAUUGAUAUAUAUAUAUAUAUGUGUGUGUGUAAAUAUUUUUCUUUAUAUUUUUAUUACUUUCUUUAAUAUUUGAUUGUAUAAUUUUUUUUUUUUUUUUAAAGUCUACUUUUCCCCCUUUUUUUCUCUUUCCUCCUUUAACCAUUCAGAAUUUACUUUUCCCCCUUUUUUUCCUUCUAAUCUUUCUUUUUUGCAUCACUCAUUCUCUCUCGAUCUGCAAUCUUACUUUCUGCUCUAUCUCACUCACUACUAGCUUCGUGCAAACAAAUCCCAUAAGUGCUAGAGGUACGUCUUCAAAACGAUAAUAGUCCAUAAGUUCUUUGCAUUUCUAUGGUUCCAUUUGUUGUCUAACAUAUCUAUUACAUCUGAAUUUGUAUCUCUUUUCUCUUGUGGAUCACUUUUUCUAUAUCUUUCUCUCUCACUUGUUUGUCACUCUGCAUCUGAGACACCUUAAUUACUAGCUACAUUCAAACAUAUCCAUAAGCUAUAGGUACAUGUUUCUUCAAGAAUAAUAUAGUAUUAGCUCUCUGUAGAAAUUUGUUUUAGUUGUAAUAUCUUUUGUAUUCAAUCAUCUCCUCUUUUUUUUCUUCCUUUCUGUCGCUUUUAAUCUUUUUCGGACUAGUCUUCUUUUUUAUAUUUGUUUUUUGUUCUCUCUCUCUCUGAAUUUGAACCUCUCGAUCUGAAUUUUGAUCUUUCUCCCACGCUCUUUCGUGUAUGUCCUAAUUGUGAAUCUUCACUUUUUGUGAUCUUUCUCUUCACUCGUUUGUCAUUUAAACUCGGAACAAUUUGUGAAGAUUCUUUUGUAUUCCAUCAUCAACAAACAAAAAAGAAGAAGUGAGGAGCUAGCUAGUGAGUUGAAAAUGAGUUCUGUUAUGGAUGCUACUGUGGCAAAAAUAUUAGAUCGAAUAUUUGACUAUUUGUUCGCAUCAAUUGGGCGUCAAAUUGGUUAUGUGGCUAAAUACAAGGAAAAUAUUAAGAAUUUGGAAGAAGAACUAAAGCAUCUUAAAGAUGUGAAGGACACGGUCCAAGAAGCUGUCAAUAUAGCCGAGGCCAACGGGAUGACCAUUAAAAAGGUUGCUGAGAAGUGGCUGGAGGAAGUGGAGCAGUCAUUGACGACUAUGGAAGAAGAAUUGAAAGACAAAACAAAUAUCAAAUGUCUUGAUGUGCGUUCACGGUACAGGCUUGGUAAGAAAGGGAAGAAAAUGGUGAUGGAAGCUAUCAAACUAAAGCAGAAUCGCAAUGAGUUUGGCAAUGAAGUUGCACACGUUACUCUUCUCAAAGAUAUUUGGUACACAUCCAGCACAAGUUAUGAGCAAUUCAGUACCAGAACAUCUAUUUUUGAGGUGAUCAUGAAGGCGUUGACAGAUGAUGAUAAGAAUUCCAAGAUCGGGAUAUAUGGAAUGGCAGGCGUUGGCAAGACAACAAUGGUGGAGGAAGUUGGCAAACAAGCUAGAAAAGGUCGUUUUAAUGAGGUCGCAAUGGCAGUUUUCUCCCAGAAUCCUGAUCUGAAAAAAAUUCAAGGAAAACUCGCAAACUGUUUAAAUCUGAAACUAGAUGAUGAGAGCGAAGAAUGGAGAGCGGGUCAACUAUUCAAUAGAUUGAUGAAAGUGAAAAAAUUCCUUGUAAUAUUGGAUGAUGUUUGGGAUGAUCAGAUUACAUUGAAGAAAAUAGGAAUUCCAACAGAUAUGGAUAAUAACAUGGGUUGCAAAAUUUUGGUGACAUCUCGAAGACGAGAAGUGUGCGAAAAGAUGGGUGUAAAAAUAACUUUCAAAUUAGACUCCUAUCAGUAGAUGAAGCUUGGUACCUAUUCAAGAGAACGGUUGGAGAUUUUAUUGAAGCUGAUCCUCAAAUUCGUUCUGUAGCACAACAGGUGUGCAGAGAAUGUGAUCAUUUGCCACUGGCAAUUUGUGCAGUUGGAGGAGCACUGAGCGGUUUGGAUGAUAAGCAUAUAUGGAAUGAUGCACUUGAACAACUGAAACAUUGUCGAGGAUAUAAAAUUGAUGGAGUGGAAGAAAAGGUGUAUACAUGCAUUGAGUGGAGCUACAAGUAUUUGAAGCAGGCUGAUGUGCAGUCAUGCUUUCUGCAUUGCUCUUUGUUUCCUGACGAUACUGACAUUUCUAUUGACCUUUUGGUGCCUUUGGGAGUAGGAACAAAGUUUCUUGAAAGUAUGGAUAGAACAUCAAUGAAAAGAGCAAGAGAGAGAACACUUGUGAUAGUUGGUAUCCUCAAGAAAUCUAAUUUGUUGUUAGAAGGAAAGAUGGAAACAAGGUCAAAAUGCAUGAUGUAGUUAGAGAUGUUGCCAUAUCAAUUAAAUCAAAAGAUAAGGAUGCGCUUCUAGGGCAAGAUGGUGUUGAUGCUUGGCCGGAAAAAGAUGAUUAUACAUGUUGCAAAGUAAUCUCAUUAUGGGCUUCCUGCAAUGUUCGUGGGCUUCCCAAUCGGUUAGAAUGUCCAGAACUACGCACCUUAGUAUUGGGAUCAUCCGAUGCUUCACGACUAGAACUCCCAAAUAGCUUUUUUGAAGGGACGAAAAAGCUUGAAGUUUUGGUUUUGAACAAGAUGAAACUAACACCAUCUUCUCUUUCACAUUUGGUUGGUCUCCGGAUGUUGUAUCUAAGUGGUUGUGAAUUGGUGAACCUAUCUUUCAUCAAGGAAUUGAAAAACCUUAAGAUACUGGUCAUUGGUUAUAUUUAUGAAUUCAAAGAGAUGAUUCUGGAAAUAGGAAAGUUGACUUCCCUACGGUUCUUGGAUUUAAGAAAAUUUAACGAUGAUAUAGGAUUUUUGUCGGGUUUCCUGUCUUGUCUAUCCGACUUGGAGGAAUUGUACAUUUCGAGGGAAUAUAAUAGAUGGGAGGUUGAAGGCAAUGCAAGCAUUGUUGAGAUAAAUUCUUUAACUUGCUUAACCGCUUUAGAUAUUUAUAUACCAACGCAUGUCUUCUUACGACUGCCCAAGAACCUUCCCAGCUUUCAGUUGUUAACGAAAUAUAAAAUAUGGAUUGGGUGUGGUCCUUAUUCAGUGCUUGGCCAACACAAAGAAACAAAGGUCUUGGGACUUGGUGGUAUUCCUUUGAUGGAUAGGCUUGACGUUUUGAUUGCGAACGCUGAAGUACUAUUUUUGUUUUAUUUGGAAGGUUUAAAGAAGGUGCUUCACGACAGAGACGGAGAGUGGUUUUUAGAUUUGAAGGUACUUGCAGUUGAGUUAUGCCAGGACAUGGAACAUCUACUUGGCAAACCCAAAUGGAGUUCAAAAACUCAUGGACCAUCUCCAUUGGGUUCUUUUGGUAAAUUAAGAGUAUUAAAAGUUUAUUUUUGUACAUCAAUGAAGUAUCUGUUCUCCGCAUCCAGUGCAAGAUGUCUUCCAAAACUACAUAAACUAGAUGUUGAAGGUUGUUCGGCAUUGGAAGAAAUAAUUAGAGGUGAUGAGGAAGUCACGGAUAAAAUUAUUUUUCAUCAGUUAAAGGAAUUGAAGCUGGUAAGUCUGCCAAACCUCAGAAGCAUUUACGCCAAUACAAAGAAGACAUCAACUACAGAGUACAGCAUGCCUUCCACCGUUACACAACCUCUCUUCAAUGAAAAGGUUAUGUUUCCUGUCUUGGAGGAAUUGUACAUUUAUGGAUUGUAUAGCAUUAAAGCGAUAUGGGACAAGCAAUUACUCCCGGUCCUGAAAGUUGGAGAUUCCUUUCAACAUCUCCAACGAUUAGUGGCAUUCAAUUGUAAAGAGAUGAAAGAGAUACUUGCAUUUGAAGUUGGACAAGGAGAAGCAGCAGCAGAAGCAAAUAAUGAGAUUUCCGUGUUCCCUCACUUAAAGACUAUACAACUUUGGUUUUUGUCUAACUUGAAAAGUUCUGAAGAAGAAACAAAAAAAUCCCGACUACAAGCCUUGGUCAACCACAAGGUCAGGUUUUCUAGUUUGAAGAAUUUGGAAAUAUAUGAGUGUUAUAGAGCGCGUGAAUGUAGGAGUGAAAUCAGUGUGGCAGUAAGUAAAUGUGUGCAGUGAAGUGAUUGAAGAAAAUAAAGUGUGACAGAAAGUAAAUGUAUGUGUGUGUGAAUGUACGAGUGAAAUAAGUGUGGCAGUAAGUAAAUAUGUGCAAUGAAGUGAUUGAAGAAAAUAAAGUGUGGCAGUAAGUAAAUGUUUGUCCCCUCCCCACCAAAAAAUAAAAAAUAAAAAAAAAAAACAUUGAUUUGCAUUUGCAGUGCAUUAAACGCUCUGCGGGUUGAGGCGGUAAAUCUUGCUUGUCUAUAGGCUUGUUUAUCAAUAGAAUACUAUUAACUAUGUUUGUGUACGUUUGAGUGGAAAUUUUCUUUAAUUAUUAUUAUUUUUCAAAUAGUGAAAUUUUGUCAA